ACUGUCUCUUUAAAAGGCUGUAUCCUGCGGGUUCCCGGCUCUUGAAGAGGGCUAUGGCCAUUGUUUCGCUCCUGCUCUUUCCCCUCUUCCUCCGGGUCUGAUCAAUUUAACCACCACCACCGCACAGCUUUAAGACAUCUGCAUAUAUUUUAAAAAGGACAGCAAGAUGGCUGAGAUGGGCAAGGGAGUCACCGCAGGGAAAAUCGCCAGCAACAUGCAGAAGAAGCUCACCCGGGCCCAGGAGAAGGUCCUUCAGAAACUUGGCAAAGCUGAUGAAACAAAAGACGAGCAAUUUGAACAAUGUGUGCAUAACUUCAACAAGCAACUGACAGAGGGAAGCAAGCUGCAGAAGGAUCUCCGGACAUACCUGGCUUCAGUCAAAGCAAUGCACGAAGCCUCCAAGAAACUGACAGAGUGUUUGCAAGAAGUGUAUGAGCCAGAGUGGCCGGGAAGAGAUGAUACUAACAAAAUAUCAGAGAACAGUGACCUGCUGUGGACAGACUUUCAUCAGAAACUGGUGGAUCAGGCACUGCUAACUAUGGACACCUACCUCGGCCAGUUCCCAGACAUAAAAUCUCGCAUUGCUAAGCGGGGAAGGAAACUUGUAGAUUUCGACAGUGCCAGGCACCAUUAUGAAUCUCUACAGACUGCAAAGAAAAAAGAUGAAGCUAAAAUUGCCAAGCCUGUCUCGUUGCUUGAGAAAGCUGCGCCUCAGUGGUGCCAAGGGAAGCUGCAAGCACACCUCGUAGCUCAGACUAAUCUGCUGCGGAACCAGGCUGAAGAAGAAUUAGUAAAAGCCCAGAAAGUGUUUGAGGAGAUGAACAUCGAUCUUCAGGAAGAACUGCCUUCACUAUGGAAUAGUCGUGUUGGUUUCUACGUCAACACAUUCCAGAGUAUCGCAGGUUUAGAAGAGAACUUCCAUAAGGAAAUGAGCAAGCUGAACCAAAACUUGAAUGAUGUCCUUGUGAAUCUAGACAAAGCACAGGCAACAAGCACCUAUCCUGUUAAAGCUCAGCCAAGAAAGAAAACUAAACUGUUCUCCAGGCUGAGGAAAAAGAUGAGCAGUGACAGUACCCCAGCAAAAGCAAACAAAACCCCCUCAUCUCCGCCUGAUGGGACUCCCAUCACCAGCCCUGAGACCAAGGCUAUCAACCAUGAGCCAGAGCCAUCCACUUUGGAAACACCUGGGGGAGGCAUCCCUAAGUCUCCAUCUCAGUUGCGGAAAGGUCCUCCCGUGCCGCCACCUCCAAAACUCACUCCGUCCAAGGAGAUGAAGCAGGAGAACAUCAUCAACCUGUUUGAUGACAAUUUUGUCCCAGAGAUCAGUGUGACAACCCCCUCACAGCGCGGUGGCCUGCGGCUUUUACCUCUUCCUCCUGUUCGACGGCCGAAACAUUGCGUGAGGGGCCUGGAGUUGGGAGAAAAGUUUGAUGCUCCUGGGCCCUUCCAGGAGGGAGCCAGCCUGUUGGAUUUUGAUUUUGAUCCCAUUAAACCUGAUAACAGCCCUGUAGGGAAGUCGCCUACGCCUGCUGCCCAGUCUUUGCCUUGGGAUUUAUGGGAGCCAGAAAAGACUCCAUCUAGCAGCGUUCAAUCUAUGGAUCAGUUUCCGGCCGAUAAUCCUAGCAAUAGUGCGUUCGAGGUGGACUGGCCUGACCAGCCCACUGAGACUAAGAUCAGCCAACCGGAAAAGACUCCAUCUAGCAGCGUUCAAUCUAUGGAUCAGUUUCCGGCCGAUAAUCCUAGCAAUAGUGCGUUCGAGGUGGACUGGCCUGACCAGCCCACUGAGACUAAGAUCAGCCAACCCACAGAAGCCGCUCCUGCUGGUGCUGAGGCAGCUGGCAAAGAAGCAGCAGCAGCUGGAGCUGAAGCAGCUAAAACCGAAACUGACUCAGGAUCUGCCUCAAGCUCUCUGCCUGCUGUAGUUGUGGAGACCUUCCCAGCCACAGUCAAUGGAACAGUUGAAAGUGGAGCCGCUUCCGAAAGGGCUGACAUGCCACCAGGUUUCCUGUUUAAGGCACAAGCCAUGCAUGACUAUGCAGCCACUGACAGUGAUGAGCUACAACUGAAGGCUGGAGAUGUUGUCCUGGUGAUUCCAUUUGACAACCCAGAGGAGCAGGAUGAAGGAUGGCUGAUGGGUGUGAAAGAAUCCGAUUGGCUUCAGCACAAAGAACUUGACCAAUGCCGAGGAGUUUUCCCAGAGAAUUUCACUGAGCGGGUGCAGUGAGGUCCUGAGGCUUCUAGGUGGCUUCUCUGCAAUGAGAAAGCAGAGGUGUUUCCUCUCUCCCUCUUGCCCUGGGGAAAGUCUAAAAGUAAUAGAGAGAAUUUUAAAGGAAGAGAAGCCUAAAGGUUGGAUUCUUCACAGAAAACAAGCUUUUAGAAGUCCAUUGAAUUCAAAGUGUUGUUAUCAAAUAUAUAGGUAAUAAAGAAAGACAGGUUGAAAAAACAA